CUAUUGUGUCAAGCUUCAAGACGCUCCUGUAGCUCCAGUUGGUGCACAAUUUUCAUGUCACGUUGACGAGGGAUAUCAUCAUAUUGUAAAUCUUGGAAAGCUUCUUAAAGCCUACAGCACCAUGAAUUCUGCUCAACCAUUGCUUCCCCUUCUCGCGGCCGCGCCGGAUCAUAACGACUUUGAUUACGGGGUAUUCUUUCAGGGUGAUGAGCUGCUUCUCGGAGACGAGAACGCCUAUUCGAGCGAAACGCUCUCAGAUUCCCCCCCAAAUGGGGUAUCUGCAUCUCUACAUGGAAACCAUGGCGGAGAGAAUCCAUCACAGAAUGCCACCGCCCAGAAGCAACGACUCGAGAGGAGGGGACACACGAAAAGUAGAAGAGGGUGUUUCAACUGCAAGCGACGGCGAAUCAAGUGCCAAGAGACACAUCCGUCCUGCGGUCAUUGUGUCAAGUCGGGACUGAAAUGCGAAUAUCCAAAUGCCCCAGCUAUCGUACACCAGCCUCAUCAUCAAGUGCCACUGUUCAGCCUGCAAGACAUGCGGUUCUUUCAGCACUUCAUGCUGCAGUGUUAUCCACAUCACCCCCUGGGGAACGAGAACAUCUGGACGCACGAGGUUCCAUGCUUGUCCCAAAGUCACGAGUUUCUCAUGCACGCCAUCCUCGGAAUGGCCGCCUGCGAUCUGAUGAGCACCGACCCGAGCCUUUUGAGCUUUGCCAUGGCACACCGCGUCAAGGCCAUAAAGGCCAUCAAGAAGUCCCUCGCCGAGUUGCCCCGUCAGAAGGGCACGACGUCGGAGCACGCCAACGCGCUGGUGGCGACUUGCUUCGCGCUGACGUUCCAGUCGGUGACGUUCGAGGAUGGCAUGGCCGAGUACAUGACUUUCAUCCGCGGCAUCCUCAUCAUCGGCACGCAGAUGUGGAUCAAAGGCAUCAAACCCAUCUUCGUGAACCUCGUCGGCGACGAUUCGCACGCCGUGCUGGAGCCCAAGAUGGAGGGCCUGCCGCUGAUCCAGAAAGAAUGGGCCGAUGGCGCGGUCGAGGCCAUCGGCGGACUGCGAGGGCUUUGCCGGGAUGUGGUGGAGAUUGAGUAUUUCGAGAUUAUCAUGGACAUGGCGACCAAGCUGCAUUCGUCGUCGUGGGAAGCGUAUCAAGCCCUAUCGAAGCACUACGGAUGGUGGAUUCAGCUCCCGCACGAGAAGUUCCAGCGCGUCAUCGACAUGGGGAACCAGACCAUGAUCCUCCUGGCGAGCCACUGGAUCGCCUUGAAGCAGAUCAUGGCCUUCAUCACCAACGUAGAGCACGAGUGCCGCGAGAAGGCGCCGUCACAAGGGAGCACGGUCGAUCUGGGCAUUAUUCGCUGGCUGGGGUAUCUCAACAAGCAGGUUGACCACGAGCACCUCAUCUACAACCAGUGGCCGUUGUGGGUGGAGAGCCAGCUGAGCCGGGAUUUGGAAUUCUUUGGGAAGAGAUUCUGAGGUUGUGAGUGCGUGUCCGGGUCUGUUGUGUCAUCCCAGCGGUUUAUUUGUUCGAGUCCUCGGCGACGGACGCGGGGAUGGUUUCUAGCCUUUCGAACAGUUGCUGUGCUUUGUUUUGUAGCGAUCUAAAUCGAGGAAGAGGAAA